UUCUUAUGAUUGAUGUUAGAUUGAAGAAUUUAUUAUUGGAUCGACUUAUAAUCCCCCAGUUGAUAUUUUCUUUAUCCUCAUCACUUGUCUGUUCAAUUGUGCAGAGAAAUUUUGUCUUGGUCACCUGUGGGAUUUGAAGGCUAAGUGAUAGAAACCUCUAUUAAUUUUAAUUACACACAGUCAUACAACAGUAACCAAAAUUUUAUUACACAUUUUUUUGUCGGUUGUGGUCGCCUUUAGUGAUUUUUGCCAUUUUCCAAUUGGCACUUCAAGUGAUUUGUUUUAAGUUGGUUGAAAACUCAAUUGAAAAAGCAAUUCAACAGAGGCAUCUUACUUGAGAAAGUGAAAUGAAACUGACUUUCACAAAAGCAUUGUGACAUAUUUAUUCUUUAUAAUCCAUCUGAGGUAUUUUGGAGGUUCAUAAUGGAAUUUAGCAUGGGAUUUCGCGGACAUGUCUUGAAUCUAUGUACAUCUCAAUCUCUCACUUCAAUUGCAUGUAACGCUCCACAGAUAUUAUUAUCGUCAUGAUGGUAUUCUGUUCGGUACCAGUUUUUGAAAUAAUCAUCGUUAAAGAGUAGCGUACUUUGUAAUGGUUUUGUAAGAAAUAACCUCUUUUAAUUGUGGUUUUAAUGUAGCAUUAGAGGAGCCACCAAUGCCUGAAGAGCAAGAAUUUAUACCAAAAAAUGGAAAAACAACGUUGCCAGAAUGUGUGAUGCUGUAACCACGUCACCCAGAUCUCUCCGAGUCUGUCACGUAACACUUUAAUAUCACUACUUUCGAACAUCGAACUUACGACAUGUCGCCACGCAUGAAUUAAACGUUUUUUCUCUUUAAGUUCUUUACUAAUUUAUUUAUUACCAUGGACUUAGCAAGUGACAUUCAAACCGACGAUUGGCAAUCGACUAGGGAAACCGUGCGGGAGCGGAACAAAUACAUGUUCUUAAAUCCUAUGAUCAGCGAUGUGAGCUUUGUUGUUGAAGAUUCCACCAAAGAUAACGGCGCAAAAGUUGCUCUACCAGCACAUAAAUACGUGCUAGCGAUCAGUAGCCCUGUCUUCUUUGCGAUGUUUCAUGGUGGCAUAGCAGAACAAGGAAACAAAAUCGAACUUCCCGAUUGUAACUCUGAGUGCUUGACCGAGUUUCUUCGAUUCAUCUAUUACGACGAACUUCACCUCACGGCCAACUCCGUUCUCGGUGUUAUGUAUUUAGCAAAGAAAUACUUAGUGUUGUCGUUAAUGCGGCAAUGUGGCCGUUUUCUCGAAGAAAGGAUCGAUCCGAACAAUGUUUUCGAGACGCUGACCCAGGCACGACAGUUUAGAGAAGAAGAAUUAGAGAAGAGAUGUUGGUUCAUUGUUGAUCUCAACACUAAACGGUGUCUGGAAUCACCCAGUUUUCUGGAACUUGAUGAAGCAGUCAUCAAGUCUUUACUACGUAGGGAAACUUUGAAGAUCGAGGAGUCGGAGUUAUUUGAUUAUACCGUACGCUGGGCGAAAAAGCAGUGUGAGCUCAAGGGGUUGGAUACUUCUGGGGCAAAUAUAAGGAAAGUACUUGGCGAAACUUUGUACUUUCUUCGUUUUCCAGUCAUGUCACAAAAAAAAUUUGCAGAAGAAGUUGUUCCUCAAGAUGUUUUAAGUGACCGAGAGGCUCUCAAUAUAUUUUUGCAUUUCAGCACCACAAAUUCAAAGCCAGAUGUACUUUUACCUUGUGUCCCACGCAGUGGAAGACCUAUGCGACGAUGUGCCCAAUAUACAGAAGCACCUUCACCACACCACUGGCACAGACCACCAAGUAAUGGUACAGGACGACGUGAAGAAACAGUUUUAUUCACUGUAAGUUCAGAGUCCCCAGUGUACAUUGCUGGUGGGCGUGUCUUCACCCGCACUUUUGGUUUAUCAGAUGUGGAAAGUCGCAGAGACAAAGUGCAACUGUGGAUAAGGGAAGACAAUUCUCAACAAAAGGCUCUUGGAUUUACGGAAGGAGAAUUUCUGGCAGAUAACAAUGGAGUUCACAAUGGUGAUGGCAUUGACGUCAAAUUCAAAACUGCUGUACUUGUCAAGAGUGGGAAAAUCUGAACAGUCAAAAGGGCUUUCCGACUGGUUUUCUUCUGAAUAUUAAAGUUCCAUGAGCCAACACCCAAGCCGCUCCAGUCUUAUGUGGCGUGACUUGGAAGUUUUUUCUCCCUGUCACGUGAUGAUUUUACCAUAACAGUGGUGUUAAGCGACCCUUAAUUUGGCGGGAAGUUUGGUCACAUGCUAUACAACAGGUACACCAUUGUCAUUUGUCUCCCCAGAUCGUGUAAGUCUUUACUGAGAAUAUUAUGGCGUCUGAUUUAUAAGGGUAUAAUACCAACCAAAUUAAGCGUAAAUGUAGUUUAAAAAGAAUAGUUUAUUCUCUUCUGUGACCUCCACUGUACAUUGUAUAAGAAACUAAAACCAAUUUUUGUCAUUGCAGACUGAAUAAAGCUACUAUCAUAUUCCACUGGCUUGGUUCCGCUAUAUACAGCUAGACUAUUUCUCUCCCACUACCCUCCAGUUGGUAAACUCGACAGAACCGUUUCUCUACGUCAUUUUUUUGAGAACAUCUGACUCUACGGGCGUGUACAACUAGCAUGUUAGAAAAUGAAACCCCUAAAGUAUUUUACAACUUUAAACGAAGAACGUAAACUGCCAUACUGCUUUUACUAAUGUUUGCUAGAGAAAUAUUUUAGUUACUGUCGACUCGUCGUCAUCUUUUUACAUAAAUCAUUCGCUUAGUUACGUUAAACGACGAGAAUGACAAACUAAGAUAUUUACGGUACCAAAGUGCGAGUUGAUAAUUUCGAUCCAUUCCUGAUA